CGCAAACGGCACCGGUUUCAUUCAGAUAACGAGGAGAAUCGCCAGCGUUUCUGCUAAUUAGUUUCUAAUUAGUUCAGCUAAUUUAAUUAUAAAAUUUGCAGUAAUUAUGUCACGUUAAGGUAAACGUUAACGUUUGCGCUCAAUAUCGGGUGAGUUACAUAUUUCAAGGUCGGUCUUCCACCCCUUUUUAUGAUUUAUGAUUUCACCCUCAAACCACAUAAUUUGUUUUUUCUUGAUUUAUUUACUCAAGACCAGGACAGAGAAGGACCCAUUUUAAUUACCAACGAAUGAGGGAAUAGGUUUCCUGAUCCUGCUUGACUUUUCUGUUGAUUGUCAAUUCAAAAAAACAAAACAAAAGAAAUACAACAGAACACACGGACUUUUCUUUCAUCCGCAGUGCACAGUAUAAAUUCAUACAUACACGCAUACUAAGGCACACAUAUAUACAUAUCAGUUAUUAGGCAUCUACAUGUGUUCAUAUACACAUUUUCUUUCAUCUUACACUGCCGUAUUGAUAAUGCAGAAAUUAUAAGUCUUUUCGCCUACAAGAAUAUAUUUUUGUAUGGAAAUUGGAAAGGACUGAACAAAACUCUUGUGGUCAGUAAAAAAUAUAUCAUUCCCACACUUGUGAACCGAAAUCUACGAGUCACGACUAAAAGCUAAACCGUAAGAAAUAAUUCUUUAAAACAUUUCUCAGAUUUUUGUCUCAGAUUCCUGAAGAAUUGAUAUGGAAGACGUUAAGGACUUGGACACUUCUACCACAACUGAUUUUACCGAUGUAGAUUCAGCAACAUCGAUAGAGAGAGACGAGAAACCUUUAUGGAGUGAACUAUUUAUUAAUCAAGCAUCGAUAAUUGGAACUAUUCCAAAAUAUUGCUGUGAGAUUUGUGGGAAAACCUUCGAUUCUGAACAGGAUUUCUUCACGCAUAAAGACGCACACAAUAAGGACAAACCAUUCCAUUGUGAAAUAUGUGGGAAAUAUUUUGCAUAUAACAGUUAUUUUAUAAGUCAUCAACGAAUCCAUACAGGGGAAAAGCCGUAUCAUUGCGAGAUAUGUGAAAAAUCCUUCACUCAGAAUUCUCACCUUGUUAUCCACAUACGUAGCCAUACGGGGGAGAAACUAUUUCGCUGUGAGAUAUGUGAUAAAUCCUUUGUUUCCAACAGCAAUUUAACAAAACAUAGGCGAAUCCACACGGGGGAAAAACCGUAUCAUUGUGAAAUCUGCUUCAAGUCUUUCGUCUCAAAUUGUAAAUUAACCAGACACAAGCGGAUUCAUACGGGCGAAAGACCGUACCAUUGCGAAACGUGCGGUGAAUCUUUCAUCUGUAGUAGUGUUUUAAACAGACAUAAACGGAUCCACACGGAUGCCAAGCUUUUUCAGUGUGAAAUCUGUGAGAAAACCUUCUUGAUCAUGCUAAUCUUGUCAUUCACGAACGGAUCCAUUCCGGAGAGAACCGUUUGCCUGUGAAAUCUGCGGAAAAGCAUUCAUUACUAAUUCUAAGGUUACGAUCCACAAACGGAGUCACACUGGAGAGAAACUGUUUCCCUGUGAAAUCUGUUGGAAGUCUUUUGUCUCUAAUAAUGUCUUGACGAAACACAAACGAAUUCAUACUGGAGAAAAGAACUUCCAUUGUGAAGUGUGUGCGAAAGCGUUUGGUACUAACAGCGAUUUAAUCAGACACAGACGAAUCCACACGGGGGAGAAACCAUACCACUGUGACAUCUGUGGGAAAUCCUUUACUCAGAAUUCUUGCCUUGUUAUUCACACUCGUAGCCAUUCGGGAUUGAAACCGUAUCACUGUGAAGUGUGCGGGAAAUCUUUUGUUGAUAAUAGUAAUCUAAACAGACACAGACAAACACACGCUAAAGAGAAAGCUUUCAACUUUAAAACUGUGGUAGAAGCUAAACCUUUUAACCAUGACACUUCGGCAGAAGCUAAGGCUUUUAUCUAUGGAACUUCAGCAGAACCUGAGCCUUUUAAGCAUGAAACUUCGGUAGAAGCUAAGGCUUUUAUCUAUGGAACUUCAGCAGAACCUGAGCCUUUUAAGCAUGAAACUUCGGUAGAAGCUAAGCCUUUUAUCUAUGGAACUUCGGCAGAACCUGAGCCUUUUAACCAUGAAACUUCGGUAGAGGCUAAGGCUUUUAACCGUGACACUUCGGUAGAUGCUAAGCUUUUUAACUGUGGAACUUCGGUAGAAGCUAAGGCUUUUAACUGUGGAACUUCGGUAGAAGCUAAGGCUUUUAACUCUGAAACUGUGGUAGAACCUAAGCCUUUUAACUAUAAAACUUCAGUAAAGGCUAAGGCUUUUAACUAUGGAACUUCAGUAGAGGCUAAGCCUUUUAACUCUGAAACUGUGGUAGAAGCUAAGCCUUUUAACUGUGGAACUUUGGUAGAGGCAAAGCCUUCAAAAUGUGAAACUUUGGUAGAGGCUAAGCCUUUAAACUGUGAAACUUUGGUAGAGGCUAAACCGUCAAAUUGUGAAACUUUGGAAGAGGCUAAACCUUCAAACUGUGAAACUUUGGAAGAGGCUAAGCCUUAUAACUGUGACACUUCGGUAGAGGCUGUCUGAUAUGUUUAUAAACAAUGACUCACACUACAAAAGGAAGAGACCAACCGCAUUCACUCAAUUUACAAGUAAAUCAUCAUUGUACUGAGAUUAAUUAAACAGAGUUAAUUACUAUUCUAUAAUGAAUUUUACCGACACAAAACCGCACAUCUUGGGAAUUUUGUAGACAUUCAUUGAUUCCACAUGUUUAGUUUAAUUAAGAAUUUAUAAACAAAUAAUGGUGCCUGUGUUUAUCGAAAUUAAUUAACUUGACUUAAUUAUCACUUUAUAAUAUAAACAAUUUUGGUUAACAUUUGAGGAUCCCAGCAUUUGGUUCCCAUGCUGUCCCUUUUGUUUCAUAAAGGAGAUUGUUGUUCACCUCUUUGAUGUCUUUGUCAAUCUUUUUCUUUUAAAUUUCAACUCAUGAGUUCACCAUGCAUGCAUUGUUGAACAUACAUCAUGAUGAAUUAAGUUGGAAAAAGAAAAAAAACCCCAUUGUCUUUGAAUUCUUGUAAUCUAUGAAUGUAGUCUCUUUUGGGAGAAACACCUUCAUUAAAGAUUUGGGAAAUUCUUA